UCCUCGCUGCGGUGUCCAUCGACCUCCUACUCUUCACAUUGUCACCAUCGUGUUUCGGGGAGACAAGAACGGCGCAAAACCGUUGAAAAUUUAGCAAGAACGGCCUUUAUACGUGUCCAGGCGAUUAUCCUCGGCUUUCACGGCGCACACUCCUGAUUCUCGGCUGCUUCUUACUUUGUUUGCUAUUACGGGGGAUUAUAAUUGACCCUUUGUCCUACAUGGUAGCCUGGCCUGACCGGGUACAUUUGGAAUGGUGCGCGCAAGGGCGAAAUCGACUGCGACUGAUGUCGCGCAGGCAGCGCGGCUUUCACGCAUGUCGGACAUGACGCCUGACAUUCUUGCAUCGGAACGCGAGACCUUGAUACAGGAUAAGCAGAAGGAGUUAGGGAAGAUCUUAGCUAGACAUGACGGUCUCAUUCGGGAGCAGUUCCAACUUGAGAACUAUGGUCUGAUGCUGUUCUACAACCCCGAGGUUGCGAAAGACGAUCACACAAACGAAUUUCAACGGUUUAAAGAUAGCCAUGACUUAAUGCGAUUCAUGCCAACUUCGGGACCAUCCCGGACGACGAGGCGUGCUCAGACCGACCGUAUAUCGGCUUUGGCACAAUUGUCUGAGCCUUCAUCUGUCGUGAGUACGCCCCUUUCACCGGGCGCGUCUUUAAAGCGGGGCGACCAGGCGCCUUCGCGUGUUGCAUCAAUGAAAGGAAAGCAAAAGAAAGCCGUAAGACCUGUCACUAUGAAUGGUACUGAGAGCCAUAUAAGUGCAAAAGCCCAGGGGAAAAGAAAGGCGGUGGAUGUCGCUCCUGGUGCAGAAGCUUCUUUGGACGGGGAAGGCGGUCUCGAAUCUAUAACUGUAUGUCAUACAGGAUUUAGACCACGAGGGCGAUUAAAAGCCGGGAGUAGUCUUUCGGAAGUAUCUUCCCGCAAGUCGCGUUCACUAUCGACUUCCACGGACCUUGCUUCCGCAAGCACUGCUAUGGUAUCCGGUAGACCGACUCGAAGUUCUUUACGUUCCGAGGGGUCCGACGUUUCCCAACCAUCGAAAAAGCGAAAGGUAUCGAUGAACGACGUUAAAUCACACCGACAGCUUCGCGUUGCGGGACAGUCAUCAUCUGCAAAGUUGUCAUCACCUGCAGAAACCCGCCCAACAACGUCCGGGAAGAGUCUUCCGGGAAAGGCACUUCCGACAAAUUCUACACCUCUGCCUCGCCCUACCAUCAAACGUAUAAAGCUUAUUGUUCGACCACCACCAAGAAACCUAUCUUCUCCCCGCCAAAGACCAAACCCUCCGCUGUUCAACUAUUCCUUACCUGCGCUCUUAAACUCAUAUGUUGAGAUCGACGGGAAAAGCUACAGUUCCUCUGAAUUAGAGGCUGCUGCAAGGCGAGAUGCCCGCAUUCUGAAUAGGAUAGACGAGUUAAGAAAGAGAGGCCGAUUUCCGGUUCGCGGCUUCGGUGGCCUUAACGGUACCUCUACGCCAACACACCAACCUUCCGAUAUCUGGUCCAUCGUCGUCAAAGAUGUAAUUGCCGCUCGAAAUACAAUUUCACGACAUCGGUUCGGGCAUGGUGGUGCUCUAGCAUCAGUUGUGCAUACCAGGUUACAUGCACAUUGGGACCUGCUGAGAAAGGAUUUGGAACGUGAACAGGUGCAGGAAGAACGUCGGUUACGUGCCUUGGCGAAGUCAAUCUUACGAUUUGUAAUUGCUGAAUGGAAGAAAGCGGUGUUUCAUGUGCGUGAGCAGAUGAGGGUGGCUCUCGAGGCGGAAGAGGCUCGUCGUGGGAGAUUACACCUUGAUGAGAUUCUGGAUCAGAGCGGCCAGAUACUUGAGAGGCAGCAGUUGGAGCUCGUGAGGUCGGGAUCUGUGAGCGUGGAUAAUGACGAAGAAUUUGAUGAAGAAGAUGAAAAUGAGGAUGAAGAGACGGAACUUGAAGGGAGUGAAGCGGAUGGGGACGAGAGCCGAGAUAGCGAAGUCGUGACUGAGAUGGAGGACGAGAUGGAUGAAGCCAUAUCCGUCCAGGAUGGAGAGAGCUAUAUUGACUAUAGUGCUCCCCUCAAUGACGUCGAAGACAGUAUGGAUAACGUGUUGUCAAACAUCGAACUUUUGGCUUCCGAAGAAGGCGACAUCCCACUAUCGAAGACGAGUCUAGAGGGACGUAUAGUACCUGUAAAGGUCAACGGCAUUUCGAAGACGGUAGUCGAGCAUGACGCUAGUCCACCUCGACUUCAAGCCAUACAUCCGCUCCUCGAUGAAGACAACUCCUCAUCGAAAGCCUCACUCGAAUCGAACUCGCUUGCAGAUAUCCAGGCACAUAAAGAUGAGCUGUUGAGCAUGGGAUUCGAAAUUGGACCAGAAACACAGGACAUUCCUAUGCUGGAAAUGAGUAACGGCUUAGAGCAAGAUUCGGUUAUCUUGCAUAACGAAUCGUUGGCGGAGGAAAAGCCCAUUCAGAUAAGCAAGCCGUCAGAACUUCCCUCGACUGAGCCUGUUGUUGAUGCCGUCGAGGACGAUUCACCGAUGCAAAUCUCGCCAGUCGAUAUGGAAGAUGUUGAUACACGACCGAAACUGACGAACGGUCAUGUCAAUCAUGUUCAUGUUGGUGAUACUUCAGCAGACGUACAGACCGCUACUGGCGAUACGGAGGACUUGACUCAGGGAAUGAAUGGGAGUACCGUUGACGGCGCGAAGCCCACUCCCCAAAGCGCCAAUAUUAAAUACGCAGUUGAGCCCGGCGACGAUGCACAGAAAGAAGAACUAGCGACAGAAUCCGAAGAGGAUGCAAAGAGCGUCGGCGGGGAUGCAGCGUCCGAGCUCGAAUCAGAGUGGGAACCCCCGCCUGAGCUACAGUCGUAUGCUGUAACCCACGUCAAUUGGGAACCGGGUUCGAAGAUCGUCCCUCCCUUAUUGCUUCGAGGGAACCUUAGGCCGUAUCAGCAGUCCGGUUUGGAGUGGCUUGCAUCCUUGUACAACAAUGAGACGAACGGAAUAUUGGCUGACGAGAUGGGUCUUGGUAAGACAAUUCAGACAAUUGCUUUACUAGCACACCUUGCGUGUGAUCGUGGCAUCUGGGGACCACAUCUUAUCAUCGUACCGACGAGUGUUCUGCUCAACUGGGAGAUGGAAUUCAAGAAGUUCCUUCCGGGAUUCAAAAUUCUUAGUUAUCACGGCACGACGAAACGGCGAAAAGAACUUCGGCAAGGCUGGAACAAUAAGUACAGGUUCAAUGUGUGUAUCACGUCUUAUACGUUAGCUAGCCGAGAUCAGCAUAUCUUUAAACGCAAGGCUUGGUAUUACAUGGUCCUCGACGAAGCGCAUAUGAUCAAGAACUUCAAGUCGCAGAGAUGGAAUAUCUUGCUUAUGUUCCGUUCAUUUCGUCGGUUACUGUUGACCGGAACACCUCUUCAGAAUAACUUGACAGAGUUGUGGGCUUUGUUGCGGUUCCUCAUGUCGGGCACGAACUUUGCAAAUCAAAAGGAAUUUAGCGAGUGGUUCGGAAUUCCUUUGGAGAAGGCCAUCGAAGUAGGAAACCUCCAAGAUCAAGAAGUGCAGUUACAGGUGAUGAAGCUCCAUGAGAUGCUCCGGCCAUUUCUUCUUCGCCGUAUGAAGAAGGACGUGGAGAAAGAGUUGCCCAAGAAAUACGAUCAUCUUGUCCUCUGCAGAUUGUCGAAGCGGCAACGAUUUCUCUACGACGAGUUCAUGUCGCGAGCCCAGACGCGCGAAGACCUCAAGUCAGGGGUCUAUCAGAAGAUCGCCAACAUCCUCAUGCAGUUACGCAAGGUCUGCAACCAUCCUGAUCUUUUCGAAGUGAGGCCGAUUGUCACAUCCUUCGCUAUGGAGAAAUCCGCGAUCGCCGAGUUCGAGAUUAGAGAGUUGCUGAUUCGACGUAGACUUCUUGAGGAUGAUGACCGCUCUUCGCACAUCAACCUCGACGUUCUUGGUCUUCAGUUCACGCGUCUCUGCAAUACGUCCUUGAUUGCUUCUCACGCAACGCGAUUGCUAGAGGAAAGUUUAGCUGCAGAGCUGGGUGCGGCCGAGCCAGGCGAGUCUCCACCGCGAGACUUACGGACAAUCGAGGGCUUUAGGAAAUAUGAUGCAUAUCAGCGGCGUCUGUCGACCUUCUUGCGAUACCAGCACAUGAGCUAUCUGAACAAACUGAGAUGCAACCGACAUGUCGCGUUUGGCCUUGAAACCAUCAACACGGUCAAACACUUCUACAAUCCACUGACCACCGAGUGUGAGACGGAAUUCAUGUCGGAAUGCAGGCCGGCGAACCAUAUGAUCAAGUCAUAUCUCCAACGAGCGGAAGAGAUGGAAGAUGUGAUUGAGAAAUUUGCAUUUGCUACUCCCGCAGUCGUGGCCCGAGAUAUCUCAGCGUUGGUGUUACGAGAGGUACCGGAGGGCGCCAUUAAAAGCCUUCCUAUGGAUUUCGAUGCCGUGCUGCACAAGCCUACCGUCAAACUGCAAAUCGCGUUCCCUGACCUUUCUCUUCUCCAAUACGAUUGUGGUAAACUCCAGGAGCUUGAUUGGCUACUUCGUGAACGAAAGGCCGGAGGACAUCGUGUGUUGAUAUUCACGCAGAUGACCCGCAUACUGGAUAUACUCGAGUUGUUCUUGAAUUACCACGGGUAUCUUUACCUUAGACUUGAUGGAGCGACGAAGAUUGAGGAUCGCCAGUAUAUCACCGAGCGAUUUAAUGCGGAUCCAAGGAUUUUUGUUUUCAUUGCCUCGUCACGUUCUGGUGGAGUUGGCAUAAAUUUGACUGGUGCAGAUACAGUCAUAUUCUACGAUAGCGACUUCAAUCCUCAAAUGGACAAGCAAUGCGAAGAUAGAGCCCAUCGAAUUGGCCAAAUUAGGGACGUCCAUAUCUACCGGUUCAUCUCACAAUACACUGUUGAAGAAGCUAUGCUCCGCAAGGCAAAUCAGAAACGCUCCUUAGACGAUAUUGUCAUACAACAGGGUGAUUUUGACUGGAAGAACUUCUUCCGCGCUGAUGCAGACGCGAAUGGAGAUACCUCCUCAUCUAACGUCAAUAUGAACGCGACGGCGCUACAGACAGCGCUAGUGGAGUUCGAGGAUUUUGAAGAUGCGGAGGCGGCUAAGUUUGCUGCGAGGGAAGCUGCGCUCGUAGAGGGUGAAGAUCGAGCGGAGUUCGGGGAGGCGGUGGACACACCCAAGACGCCAACAGCUCGUUUCGGUAGUGAAGAAUGUGCGACGGCUGUACCUGUGGAAGAUAGGGAAAUCUCUACUACCGGUGAUGUUGAUGCACAGCAGCAGGGAGGAAUGGAUGAUGCGGAAGAGGACGAAGAGGAAGGAGGGACAACAAUUGAUUACAUGAUUAAGUUCGUCCGUUCGGAUCUCGAGUUCUUUAGGGAGUGGAAACUUCCUUAACUUCCUUAGCGUUGUUGGAUUCGUAGUAUAUCUCUUCUUUUCUUCUUCAUAAUAAUACCUUAUCUCGGUCAUCAUUUUUUGUCUCGUUGCGAUUUACAAUAAUUUCCUCACCUUCACUUUCUUGACUUUUUGUUUUAAUGAUACUGUUUCUAUCUGUG